AACUUACCCUACCUAAGAGUCAUCACAGUCAUAAAUAUUGAGCCACCAACACAGUCAAUUCAGUCAGGUGGAGCAUAUUUUCACUGGCACUCUAGGGCCGGCUUUCACUCCAAUCGAAUAUCAGAGAGACGUCGCGACCAUGUUGGACAUCAACGACUUCAUCAAAGAGCGGGGCGGCGAUCCUGCAAAGAUCAAAGAAUCACAAAAGCGACGCCAUGCGCCAGAAGCCGUCGUUGACGAAGUCAUUGAGAUGUUCGAAGACCACCGGAAGACACAAUACUCAGCAGCCACCGAGAUGGGAGCAAAGAUCAACAAGGUUCAGAAGGAAAUCGGUCUGAACAAAAAGAACAAAGGCGACCCCAAAGAAUUCGAAGCAUUGAUGAAGCAGAAGGAUGACCUGACCAAGGAAAAGAAGGAGCUGGAGGAAUUGGCCGCCCAAAAGCACACAGCACUUUUGAAGAAAGCCAAGAGCAUUGGCAAUUACGUCCACGAGUCGGUGCCGAUUUCAGAUAACGAGGACAACAAUGCGGUGGUUCGCGAAUGGGCACCUGAGGGUAUCGCAGUUGAGAAGAAGGACUGUCUCUCACACCACGAAGUCUUGACUAGGAUAGACGGAUAUGACCCAGAGCGAGGAGUAAAGAUUGUUGGACAUCGAGGUUACUGCCUGACAGGCUACGGUCUGUUCCUGAACCUGGCCCUGGUGAACUAUGGCCUGGAGUUCCUAUUCAACAAGAAAUACACACCGAACCAGCCUCCGUUCUUCAUGCUUCGGGAGGCAAUGGCAAAAACCGCGCAACUUGAGCAAUUCGACGAAGAGUUGUACAAAGUCACGGAGAAGGAAAAUGAUCCGGCGACCGACAAAUACCUGAUUGCGACUUCAGAACAGCCGAUCUCUGCACUACACGAGGGAGAAUGGCUGAAUGACAAAGAUCUACCCAUCAAGUACGCUGGCUACAGCACCUGUUUCCGAAAAGAGGCCGGCUCACAUGGAAAGGAUGCAUGGGGCAUCUUUCGAGUCCAUCAAUUCGAAAAAAUUGAACAAUUCAUCUUUUGCAAACCCGAAGACAGCUGGCAACACUUCGAUGAUAUGAUUGCAACCUCCGAGGAAUUCUACAAGUCGCUUAAUCUCCCCUACCGAGUGGUUGCAAUUGUCUCUGGUGCGUUGAACAAUGCUGCUAGCAAAAAAUACGACCUCGAGGCAUGGUUCCCAUUCCAGGGUGAAUACAAGGAGCUCGUGUCAUGCUCGAACUGCACAGACUACCAGACCAGGGAACUUGAGAUACGAUUUGGCCAGAAAAAGCAGACCGAUGCUUCUUUCCAGAAGUCUUAUGUCCACGCGCUCAACUCGACGCUUUGCGCAACCGAACGUGCCCUCUGCUGUGUCCUCGAGAAUUACCAGCGUGAGGACGGUAUCGAAGUGCCACAAGUUCUGCGAAAAUAUAUCCCUGGUCAACCAGAGUUCUUGCCAUAUGUGAAGGAAUUGCCCAAGGACUCCACCAGCUUGAAAGCCAAGAGCAAGGCAGACGCCCCAAAAGACGGCGGAAGUGCAAAUUCACCGAAACAAGGCGAAGUCACUGAACGUCCGAAGCCCAAGGCCGAGGAGCAGCGCUCUUGA